UUAAAACAUCAAACACUUUUCCCUCAUUCAUCAAACACGUUUCUGAUUCAGUGACCUUUCUUCUUCCUCUCCUCUCGCGCACAGCUCAGUCUCGCCGUUUCUUCCUCGAAAAUAUCAAAAUUCAUCUCCGUUAAUCAACUCUCUGCAUUCCUAAACCCAUAACCUUCUCCGUUUCUCCCUAAAUCUUCUCUGCUUCUUUGCAUUGUAAACCCUAAAUCAUUUUCCCUAAAUCUUCUCGGUUUGACGAAGAAGUACAGAUCCACGGAACUUCCUCGUCCCAUUGUUGUCACUUUUCCACUCAAUAACACCAAUGUCUCAAAACUAUCUCUAGCUUUUCCACUCUUCCCUCUUUCAGAUUCCCUGUUUCAGAUUCAAAGUCUCUGCCAUGGUUUCCACCGUCACCACCACUAAAAAGAUCAAUCUCAAAAGUCGUGAUGGUGAUAUUUUUGAAGUGGACGAAGCAGUAGCGUUGGAAUCACAAAUGAUCAAGCAUAUGAUCGAGGAUGAUUGCGCUGAUGAAACCGGAAUCCCUCUCCCAAAUGUGACCAGCAAGAUUCUGGCAACGGUGAUUGAGUACUGCAAGAAGCAUGUUGAGGCUAAGAAUUCUGAAGAAAAUUCUGAAGAAAAACCUGCUAAUGAUAAUGGUCUCAAGGCUUGGGAUGCAGAAUUCGUCAAGGUUGAUCAAGUCACACUGUUUGAACUCAUAUUGGCUGCAAACUAUUUGGACAUCAAGAGUCUGUUAGAUCUUACAUGCCAGGCUACUGCGGACAUGAUGGUCGGUAAGAGUAUUGAGGAGAUCCGCAAGAUGUUUAAUAUUGAGAAUGACUUCACAAAAGAGGAAGAGGAAGCAGUUCGCCGCGAAAAUCAAUGGGCUUUUGAAUGA